AUGAGGGAAAUCGUGCACGUGCAAGUUGGUCAGUGCGGGAACAAGAUCGGAGAGAAGUUUUGGGAGCUGAUCUCGGACGAGCAUGGCUUGAACGCGGACGGAAUAUUUUCCGGCGAUUCCGACCUCCAAUUGCAACGAAUGAACGUAUACUUCGUGGAGGGUCCAGUCAAUAGGUUUGUCCCGAGAGCUGUUCUGGUCGAUCUCGACCCGGCGAGUCUGGACGACGUGCUGUCCGGCCCGUUCGGGAGACUGUUCAAGCCGGAGAACUUUGCCGCGGGUCGCGCCGGCGCCGCGAACAAUUGGGCGAAAGGUUACUACACCGAGGGCGCCGAUCUGGCGGACCUCGCGUUGGAUCUGAUCCGCACGGAAGCCGAGGGCUGCGAUCUGAUGCAAGGCAUUCAAAUGGUCCAUUCGGUGGGCGGCGGGACCGGGGCAGGGAUGGGCGCGUUGCUGAUGGGCAAAUUGAAAGAAGAAUACCCGGAGAGGAUCGUGAAGGCGUACAGCGUGUUGCCGUCCUCGGAGAUGUCGGACGUGGUGGUGGAACCGUACAACGCUGUACUCAGCCUGAGCAGAUCGAUCGAGUGCACCGACCAAACAUACUGUGUGGACAAUCGAGCGAUGAGCUACAUCUGCACGCACGUUCUCAAGCUCGCCACACCGACGUUCAGCGACGCGAAUCGUCUGAUAUCCGGCUGCAUGUCCGGCAUCACCACUUGCUUCAGAUUUCCCGGCCAAUUGAACACCGAUUUGAGGAAGCUGCAGGUGAACUUGGUACCGUUCCCCAGACUUCACUUCUUCGUUCCCGGAUACGCUCCUCUCUUCUCCAGGGCUGCCGCGCCGUACAAGGUCCUCUCCGUUCCGGAACUCGCGCAGCAGUUGUUUCACGCGAACAGCAUGUUCGUCUACUGCGACCCGAAAAUGGGGAAAUUCCUCACUCUGGCUGCCAUCUUCAGGGGUAGAAUGUCGAGCAAGCGCGUGGACGAGCAGAUGCUGAGCGUACGGAACAAAAACAGUCCGUAUUUCGUCGAGUGGAUCCCGAAUAACGUUCAAACCGCGAUGUGCGACAUCGGACCGCGGGGACUAAGCAUGAGCGCCAGCAUGAUAUCGAACACGACGGCGAUUCACGAGCCGUUCAAACAGCUGGCGCACGUGUUCGACGGCAUGCUGAAGAAGAAGGCUUACCUGCACUGGUACACCGCCGAGGGAAUGGACGAGAGCGAGUUUACGGAUUGCCGUGGGCUGAUGCAGGAUCUCGUGUCCGAGUAUCAACGUCAACAGGAAGCGGCGGCGGAAUCGAAGGGGGAUGAUGAUGAUGAUGAUGAUAGGUGGUGGUAGUAGUAGUAACAGUAGCAAUAGUGGUAGUAAGUAGUAGUAG